AUGUACUUUGGAAGCCCAUCACUUAAUUUAAUGCUUCUCAGAAGUGUGAGAUUUAGUCUCAGAGACACACCAAUUCGGCUAUUCUGUUGCGAAAUAGGACCGACGUCGCUUGCGCCCGAGGCCAACGUGAACUUCGGCAGAUUCCGUCUUUUCCGUGGCAAAUCGGUCAGCUCCGAGUGUAUCGGUCUGUCGGACGUGACGAGACGUGCCGACAUGCCUCCGCGGCUGUCAUGUAAACCGGCGGCUGCAUGCAUGUCGCAUGAUGUCUUGACCGAGCUGCUGUCCACUCGACGACCAAGUGACCUGGUGACCCAUCUCUCCGACCAAACGAAUGCUCCUACCGCUCAACUCAAGUCAUAUCGUGAGCGCAUGGCCUCAGAUGGGCUGGUACAUGUGUCGGCUAGACGAGGCGAGAAGUUGAGUGAAAUGGCGACUGUGCACAGUCGAGGAAUGGAGGCCUGGAUGAUACGAGCACAGUCGGAGAAGUUGUUAAACUUGCUCACCAACCAGUCGAUCCCUUCCGAGAUCGGACUUGAAGCCUCCAACAUUAUCGCCUCCAUUCUCUUUUCGCCCGCCUUCAACGCCUACCUCUCAGAAAUCGCAUGA